UGAAAACUCUCCCGCUAAAAUAUUCAAUUUCUUCAAUUAUAUGACUAAAUUGCUUCGUAACUGUGACGAGAAAAUAUUUCAGAAAUAAUUCUUUUACAGUUGUAGUUAUUUUAGUAAGGAGAAAUCGCUCGCCAAGUUUUGAAUCUCUUUCAGCAAUAUAAUUUCGUUACUUUACUUUAGAUGAGGAAUGUCUUAAAAUCAUCUAUUUAUCAGUUUUAUUUAUUUUACAGUGGUGGGAUAGUCGAUCAAGAAGCGCUGUUCGAAGCUCUAAGAAAUGGACAGAUCAGAGCUGCUGGUAUAGAUGUUAUGUAUCCGGAGCCAUUACCCCCUGACCACGUCCUCCUCUCUUUACCAAAUUUAGUGGUGACACCCCACAUAGCUGCUUCUGAAGAAUUAGCUCUGAUGAGAAAUAGCACUAUAACAGCUGAAAACAUCAUUGAAGUUUUAGAAGGUCGACCACCUUUAACUCCUGUAUUUUAAUUAUCAAUGCUUCAAUAAAAUAUUUUCUUAAUUUAA